ACUAUAGUGCCAGGCAUGUGCCAGGCAUGUGCCCUGCUCGAGACGUGCAAAAUUACUUUAACGUUAUUUAAAUGGGUUUAGCGACGGUCCGUUCUCACUACAAGUGCUUGGAAUGGGAACGGUACGCGCCCGGCAUCGGACAAUCUUUUCAAACAAUAUUUUCCUAGCCCGUGCGUGGCACAUUCCUUGCACAGUCCUACAUAGUGUGAAUACUUCAGAUGAGUUUCGACAGGCAAAACGGUGCGAAAAAAAUAUUUUCACAUGAUACUGAUGAAUUUUUAAUAGAAUUAGUUCGUAUGAGAAGUGAAUUAUACGAUUUUAUGAAUCGACUGUAUGCAGAUGCAGCACAUAAGUCUCAGGUAUGGUGGGAUAUUGGAGGAAAUAUUAAAAUAGGAUGUUGUUACGGCAAGCCACUCUUAGUGCCCGGAGGUCGAGCUUUUGUUUGGCCCUCCAUACAAAAAAUACAAAGGAUAUCGUUGAAUACGAUGACUCUUAUUGUAGACAGCCCCACUGUGUACACAAGCCAAGGUGUUCCCAUAUCAGUAACGGGAAUUGCACAGGUAAAAAUCCAAGGUCAAAACGAAGAAAUGCUCUUAGCCGCAUGCGAACAAUUUUUGGGAAAAAAACAAGAUGAAAUUCAGCUCAUCGCCCUCCACACCCUCGAAGGACACCAGCGUGCUAUUAUGGGUUCCAUGACGGUGGAAGAAAUCUAUAAAGACCGCAAGAAGUUCAGCAAACAGGUCUUCGAGGUGGCGUCAUCCGAUCUUGUCAACAUGGGAAUCACAGUUGUCUCAUACACGCUUAAGGACAUUCGAGAUGAAGAGGACCCCGUUGAUGGAAGGGGUUACCUUAAAAGUUUGGGUAUGGCCCGAACGGCAGAAGUAAAACGAGACGCGAGAAUUGGUGAAGCUGAAGCUAGAGCAGAAGCACAAAUCAAAGAAGCCAUCGCCGAAGAACAAAGAAUGGCCUCCGUCUUCUUAAACGACACAGAAAUUGCGAAAGCAAAGAGAGACUUCGAAUUAAAGAAGGCAGCUUAUGAUGUAGAAGUACAAACGAAAAACGCCGAAGCUGAAAUGGCUUACGAGCUUCAAGCUGCCAAGACCAAACAGAGGAUCAAGGAGGAACAGAUGCAGAUUCAAGUGGUAGAAAGGACCCAACAAAUUGCAGUACAAGAACAGGAAAUUGCCAGACGAGAACGGGAACUCGAAUCCACGAUUCGCAGACCAGCAGAAGCAGAGAAAUUCAGAUUGGAAAAAAUUGCCGAAGCCAACCACAAACGUGUACUUUUAGAAGCCGAAGCCGAGGCUGAAUCUGUAAGAUUAAGGGGAGAAGCAGAAGCUUUCGCAAUUCAAGCUAAAGCCGCAGCUGAAGCUGAACAGAUGGCCAAGAAGGCCGAAGCUUGGAAAGAGUACAAGGAUGCAGCUAUGAUUGAUAUGUACCUGGACGUAUUACCAAAGGUCGCUGCAGAAGUUGCUGCUCCUUUGUCUCAAGCCAAGAAGAUUACUAUGGUAUCUACAGGAACAGGUGAAGUUGGUGCUGCUAAGCUUACAGGAGAAAUUCUUGAUAUUGUCAACAAAGUACCGAUGCUUGUUAAGAGUAUGACUGGAGUGGACAUUUCCAAGUCGGUCCAUGCCGCUUAAACAUCACAAGAAGGAGAAUAUUAACUGAAUCAGCUUCUUAUUCAACCUUUGGAAGUUCUUGUUAAUCCAGCUAAAUCCAACAUUAUAAUCUUAUAAACUUUAAAAUAUUAUACCGAUUUUACGAAUAUUCGAAUGUUAUAAUUAUGAAUGUUAUUUUAUUUUUAUGUUUUAUUAUUUGAGAAAAAUUGGCUUUUAUAGGAAACAGAACUUAAAUAUUUUAGUAAUUAGUAUGUGUUUAGUAAAUGUUAAUAAAAAUACUAGGUUUCUAAAUGUAGGGCAAAUAUACAAUUGAUAGGUUUGUAGUUUCCUUUUGGAGGCAGCUCUCGUACAUCUUAACAUACAUCUGUUCUGCAUUCUUAGUAUUCUAUUUACGAUGAUUCUAUCAAUACAGUAAGUCUAUUACUGGAAGACAUUAUAAUAAAACAUUUCUAAUUGGGAAAGUUAGAACUACAUACGGAAUAAAAAAUAGUGGCUGUUAUACCAGAAGUAAUGACGUAUGACAUAAGAUCCGCCAUAUUUGAAAGAGGCGUGGUUUGUAGGACUAUUGGAAUCAGUUUUCCCAUGAUAAAGUGACUGAUUUCCUACUGUAUUUUAUUUUUUAGGUUACUUGAAAUUAGGUCCCGUAACUUUUCGUGGAGCAUUAUAUUUUACAAGUGAAGUAUUUCUAAACCAUAUUCAAGUACUCCAAGAAUUAAGUAUAGGCGGACAAGUGUUCAUUCUUCUUGAUUAAUAACAAUAAUCUACAACCUAACCUCAAAAAUAAAUACUAGCUUUUUCUAUCACAUUUACAGUUUUUUAAAUCUCUUCAGAAAACUUACUCUGUUUUUUCGUCUCAGGAACAAUAGAUCUGAUUAGAUGGGGAUACGAUUGUAAUUCUAGAUAUAAUAUUUUUGAUAAAACAGUUUUUGGUGCAAACCUAGUAUUUUGAAAAUUGUUGCUUGUUCAAAUUUUAAUUUUUAGACGGUCUGUUUCCUGUAUUUAACCCUGCAACGUGCAAUGUUUGUAGUGUGAGGCACUUGAAACUUAAAAAAAUUUAUUGAUGAUAUUGAAAGAGAUAUUGGAGUUGGGGCAUGCAUAAAAACAUAAAUACCUCUAUUUUUUGUAUCCUUAAUAUAUUUCUCUAAUAUGUACAUUAUUUUAAUAAAUGUGGUUAUCCAAGCU